AUGUACCACAACAAAUACCAACACAAAAUGUUCACAAAUCACAGCACUCGUUACCCACAAUUCCGCGUACGAAAGCACACAGAGGAAAAAUUGUACACUAUUUCACACGGAGGCAGUGGGUGUCACAAAUAUCCAAUCAUCGCUGAAAACAAACAUAAGCACGACAACGAAUGUGAAGGAAAUCCCAACCACAUACACGUGUACCCAGGACUAAACACCAUCAGGCUGGCACUUUGGAUUGGAAGUCGAAUCUACGCAAAAGAUAGUGUUCACCAAGAACCUUGCACAAUUCCUCCUAGAACUUGA